CGAAAAUAUGGCUGCCUCAAAUGAAAGCGUGUUUCAUUUUGGAAUUAAAAACGUCUUAAAAAAUUGGACCGCUUUGCAAAUGGCAAUUGAACAUGGGAUGGGUGGCCCAGAAAGUCGUGCAAAAGAAUUAUGGCUAGCUGAUGUUAUUGAAGAAUUUUUUAAUAAAAAUGAUAAUUUACUUCCUGAAGAAGUAGAAGAAUAUAUAGAAGAAAUUUUAAGUUAUGAAUUUAAUACUAUUGCAGANUCAACUGUCACGGCUGCCGCACUUCAAUAUGUAUCCAAGAAAUUCUGUCAGUAUUUUGAAUUUUGUCAAAACAAACAGGAAUCUAAGAUACUAGAAAGUUGUCAAAGAAAUCAAAGGUCAGUAUUACAGAACAGCAAUCAAAAGACUGAAUUGGGAGAAAAUCCAGAUAAUUCAAUGGUAUCCAAGAAAUUCUGUCAGUAUUUUGAAUUUUGUCAAAACAAACAGGAAUCUAAGAUACUAGAAAGUUGUCAAAGAAAUCAAAGGUCAGUAUUACAGAACAGCAAUCAAAAGACUGAAUUGGGAGAAAAUCCAGAUAAUUCAAUGCAAUCUUUACCACAAAUUCAGAAUUUGACUUUGAACAGUGAACCAGAACCGGAUGUAUCGUUUAAUGGCGAUGACGACGGUGGAUGGACGCUGGUGACAAAUCACAGGAGGAAAUGAAUUUAAAUACUUUUAAUAUAUAUUUUAAAUUGUAAAUAAAUAAUAUAAAAUCUCAAUGUAGUGUUGUUAUUUUUGUGACAAAGUAUAUUACCGAUUUUCCAAAUAUUAUGUUAUAAAACAUAUCGUAACAUUAACGUACUAAUAUAAGUGUUUCUCAACCAGUAAAAUUAAGGAUAAUUAUAUGCAACUAUGAAUCAUGCUCAUCUAGAGCUACUGUACGUAAAAAAUUACUUACAGUAACUGUAAAUUAUGAAUGAUAUUUAAAUAGUAAUCAACUGUAUUUUUCUGCAGACUGCUUUAUAAGAAGCCAGUUAAAUUUGGGAAUCAAUCACAAUUUACAGACAGCUUUUCUUCACUAGACAACUAUUUAGUUUGAAGAAUGCAAGUUUUCAAAUGAAAAGAUAUAAUAGAAUUCCAGAAAAUCUUUGAAAAGUUAUGGAAAUACAGUAGAUCAUCGAUUAUCCGACCCCCGAUUAACCGUCACAUCAGUUAACCGACCAUUCUAGUCAGCAAAUUUCAAAUGUCCGCUAGUG